AUGCCCGACAAAAAGACCACCAACCCCACCAGCACAAGUGGCACUGCCUCGUCCACCGGUGCUGCUGCUGCUGCUGCUGCCACCACCUCGUCCGCCGGUGCGGCCUCGUCUACUGCGACUGCCUCGCCUACCGGUGCGACGACGACGACCGCGACGAGCAGCAACACCGCCGCGCUGGAGAAGAUGGUCCUCGAGCGCGACCAGGACCUGAUUGAUUGCCUGAUCAAGGGGGAGCAGUCUCGCGCGGACCGACGAAGAGGUUGA